UUUCUGCUAUGUUAUUUAUUAUACCUACUUAUACUAUUUAUUAUACCUACUAUAUACCUAUUAUACUAAUUAUACCUACGGUACUACCAUAGAGUAAAGAGUCAAAAUCUAAGCUGCUAAAUAGCAGAAACACGGGUCACAGAUGUUGUUUGUUACAUCUGCAAUAAAGUUUUAGCAGUGGAGUCAGUCAGUCAGCAGAGCAGUCAGUCAGUGUGAGAAAAUUAAACAUAACCUCUAUUAAAUUGAAAAUCGUAAAUUCGCGUGGAAAAUUAUUUGUUUAGUAGAUGUUACAUGAUGUUUUUAACUAGAAGUAGAUAUGGAACGGUUUUAUUUACAAGAAAUAUUUUAUCAACAUUAUCUGAACAGGUGGCUACACCAGUGAAACACACAGUUCGAUGGAAGAGUAGUACUCCUUUGAACACAGUUAUAAUGUUUGUUCCACAACAAGAGGCAUGGGUCGUAGAGAGAAUGGGUAAAUUUUUUCGAAUAAUGGAACCUGGUUUGAACAUAUUGCUUCCAAUCAUUGACAAAGUGAAAUAUGUUCAAAGUUUGAAGGAAAUCGCCAUUGACGUCCCCAAACAAAGUGCUAUCACUUCAGAUAACGUGAACCUGAACAUUGAUGGUGUCCUGUACUUAAGGAUUAAUGACCCGUACCUAGCCAGCUACGGAGUGGAAGAUCCGGAAUUUGCUAUAACUCAGCUCGCACAAACAACUAUGAGGUCAGAACUUGGAAAAAUAGCCUUGGACAAGGUGUUCAGAGAGCGUGAGAGUUUAAAUGUGAACAUCGUAGAAUCUAUCAAUAAAGCCAGCGCAGCGUGGGGAAUAACCUGCCUGCGUUAUGAAAUUCGUGACAUAAAGUUGCCAACCAGAGUGCAGGAAGCCAUGCAAAUGCAGGUGGAGGCAGAACGCAAGAAGAGAGCAGCUAUCUUGGAGUCAGAGGGUGUGAGAGCGGCAGACAUCAAUGUAGCAGAGGGCAAACGGACUGCAAGAAUCCUUGCUUCUGAGGCAGAGAAACAGGAACAGAUCAACAAGGCAAGUGGAGAGGCAGCUGCCAUGUUGGCAGUAGCGGAGGCCAGAGCUAAGGGUCUACAGCUGGUUGCCAAGGCCCUCAGUGUUCAGGACGGAAAGGAUGCUGCCAGUUUAACGGUGGCGGAGCAGUACGUAGAGGCAUUCCACAACCUGGCGAAGACCAACAACACCUUGAUACUGCCAGCCAACGCAGGCGACAUAUCUUCUGCUGUGGCUCAUGCUAUGACAAUAUAUGGGACGCUGACGAAAUCCUAUGACAGCAGUGGUCCCAUUCACCGCCUACCACAGAUAGAGUCCUCAGACACUGGCCACAACCGGGCUGCCCGUGCUAGCCCCGCACCUACAUUGAGGAACACAGAGAAGUCUGUGCUUACUUCUCCUUCCAGCUGAUCACUAAUCAUCUGACAGUAAUGUUUAUGUCUAUAUCAAUAUUACUUUAUUUUGUAUUGUCUACUGAGCGAUCUCUUUUCAAAAAUACACCUUUAAAAAGUGA